CUUUAAACAAGACACCCUGAUGCAAGCACUAAUAAUCCUGCGUGAUGAUCAUAAUUUCACUGAAACUUCUUUUAACAAUGUGUUUUGGCUGCUUAGCUACAGGUCCCAGUGAUUUAACAGUCAUCCAAACACCAACAAAAAUAAAUAUAUCAACUGGAGACUACACUGAAAUCACCUGUUUUUGGGAAAAAGAUAUUAUUAUGAGGUAUAGAGUAAGUUGGUAUCUUGUUAGUAAAGCAAACAUCACUGAAAGUGUAUCAUCAAAAGUUGUCUAUGUGUCCAACAUCACCCGUGAAAACAAGGAUGUGCUGUUCAUAAAAUCUGCCAAAGUAAAUGACACUGGAUUUUACUACUGUGAGGUGAUUAUUGAAAUACCCUUCUAUAAGAAACUAUGUGGAAAUGGGACAACAGUGAUUGUUGAAGAGAAAGAAGCUGACUCACCGAAAAAAACAGAUUUGGUAAUAUGGACCAUCAUUCCUUUCUUAGUGGCAGUGGGAGGUUUGUAUCUUUGCUACAAAAAGAAACAGUUCUCCACACUCUCUGGUGCUGCACAACCUCUUGUGCUGACAGAAAGGCAUGAGGAGGAACAGAUGCUUGAGGUUGCAGAGCUUCAUGGGAGAAAUGAAUCUACCAGAGAAGCAGCUGAGGAAAACUCAUCAUGUAAUUCUGCUGAAUGGGCUGUGUCUACGCUUUAUGAAUCACUUGAAUUUUUUUGCAAUGAAUCAGGAGGAGAAGAUGACAAAUCCACUGUGACUAUUGUAUCCAAUGCAGCAUGUGAGCAAAUCCCACAAACUAGGGCAGCUGAAAACUCUAGAGUGAGACAAGGAUCUGCCAUCUACUUUGACAUUCAGAACUAAAUCAUAAACAAAAUAUGGCUAAAUAACUAUGAAACUGAAAAAUAUGAUAAUUUGCUGCUGCAAGAUGGAUUAUAUGAGUUUCCUGUCAGAAGCUUGUCAGUGGGACAAUAUAGAAGAAAAAAGGUUGUUUCCAAGCAGUUUUUGAAUGUUUUGUCACGAACAAAACAUUCUAAAGGAGUCUGUGAAUUUGGAGGGUAUGUCAUUUAGAAGACUGUCUUCAACUCUUCCUCUGGUGUCCAGAAAUAAUGACAUGUGCAUUACCAUACUUUGAAAAAUCUUCUGGACUGAACAACAUUCUCCAACAAAAGCAUUUCUUCAGGAAGCCCAUGUAUGAGCAGCAGAAGGUAGAGAAAAAAUAUAUAUGAUGGUAAUCAUUUGACCAAACAGACACUGCUACACAUAGGAUAGAGUCUGGUCUCUGAAACUGUCAUCACUACUGACCACAUCCCAGCCAGAGUGGUAUGCCAGGAGGGAUUAUAUUCCCAUGGAAAGAGACUGUUAGUGUUAAUUCAUUCACACACUUGGAAAAGUCUUCCAGAGAAAGAAGUCUCCUAUGCACAAUGAAAUACUAGGUUUAAAUGAAGCUAUAUAUGUAUUAUUAUUAUGUAUAAUUAUUGUCUAACUGAUGGAGGAGGGCUGCUUGAAGGAGAUGGGGGUGUUAACACUUGUUCCACUUUUGCCAGCUCUAAAACUUUUUUAAAAACUCACGGGAGAAAAAUCGAAGUUGAAAAAGUUAAGGAGACCUGCAAGCCAGGUCUGAACAGAGGUGAAGAGUAUUGACAGCAAAUCUAAUGGCAGUUGUCUUAAGGGCUGCUGAAUACCAAGAGUGGACAUCUGAAAUGUGAAUUUGUUUAUGUACCAGGGUUAUGUCAUCUUCUGUUAAUGUUUUCUCAGAACUUAGCUGGAGGUUAGAGUAUCUUACCAGCAGUUCAGGAAGAAACGACUUCACUGCU